AACAACAAGGCCAACCCCUUCCCGGGAAAGGUGUUCAACAACCCUAAGCACCAGGACGUCUACCACGACGUACCCAAGGACUACGUGGGCGCUGAGGUCACCCCCGAGACUUUCGUGAAAGUACUGUUGGGCGACUCAGAGCUCGAAAAUGCGGGCAAAAAGGUGCUCAAAUCGGGACCUAAUGAUCACGUGUUUAUCUUUUUCGACGACCAUGGUGCUCCCGAUUUGGUGGCCUUCCCCAAGACCUACCUGUACGGCGAGAAAUUGGCCGAAACCCUGAAGAAAAUGCACGCCGACAACAAGUAUAGCAAAUUGGUUUUCUACAUCGAGGCCUGCGAAGCUGGUUCCAUGUUUGACAAGCUGUUGCCCACCGACAUCAACAUCUACGCCACCACUGCCUCCAACCCCAAGGAGUCCAGCUAUGCCUACUACAGUGACACUGAGGUCAAGGCUUCCCUUGGUGAUGAGUACAGUAUCCAUUGGAUGGAAAACGCGGAGACAGCCUCCGACACGACUACCCUUCAGGAGCAGUACGAGUACACCAAAGCUCAGACCAAAAUGUCUCACGUCAUGCAAUACGGAGACCUAUCCAUC